GAAGCACACACGUGUCAGCCUGUUUGUGUCCUGGGCCAUGCUCCGCCUCCUUUGUUUAAUUUGGGGGAUGAGAACCACCCCCCCACCCCAAAACACUUUUAAACAGCCGAGACGGAAGCAUCUGUUUGGGUCAAAAGGACAGCGAGCGUACAACACAGUUAGUUUACUUUCAUCAUCCGGGGGGGCAAUGUUGUCCCGCUUGUUCUUCUGGACGUGUGUGGCCGUGCCGGGUCUGCUGUGGGCCUCCCAUCCUAGUCUACUCGUAGAGAGGGAGACCACCGCCUCCAGGAUCUGCAAGCCCGCCCCCCAAUGGGACAUUGAAGGAGAGGUUCCCAUGCAGGGGCUGCUGGGAAGCGUGGUGGUGGUGGCGCUGCUGAAGGCCAGCUGACAUUUCUGCCUCACUCAGGCUUCCAAGAUCGGAGACCUGCGUGACAAGCUGAAACGCAGCAACCUGACGGAGGUGUCCUUCCUGAUCGUCAACGAGCGAGAGCCUCUGUCCAGAGCAAUGUACUGGGAGCUGAAGAGAAGAGCGCCCCCUGGUGUUCCCGUGUACCAGCAGACUCCCUUUCAAAACGACGUGUGGGAGGCCCUGGAGGGGGACAAAGAUGACUUCCUUGUCUAUGACAGGUGUGGUCUCCUCACAUUCCAUGUAGUGCUUCCCUACAGCUUCCUGCACUACCCCUACGUAGAGGCCGCCGUCAGAGCCACCUACCUUAAAGAUAUAUGCAACUGCUCCGCUAACGUUACAACCGUGGGCGGCAGCGCCACGAAGAAUGACACACGGUGGCAUCAUGCCAACUACACCACUGCAUUACCUGUACUUCCAGUUCACGCCGAGCACGACUAAACAUCAUCGCCCUCGCUGUUGUCUGGCGCCAUCCUCUUCAAUGUCAUCAUCAACCUCCUCCUCCUCCGCCUCGUCAGCCCUUCAACCACAGCGUUCGCUAUGGAAAUGCUAAUCAAGAGUGAGCAAUAAUAUGUAUAUACAUGAUCUACAGUACGUAUGGCAUCCUUCCCCUGUGUGUGUGUGUGUGGAAACAGUAGCUAUAGAGUUCCAAGCUGUGAGCUCCCAGUAAUGAAGUCUGCAGGUGGAAACCUGGCUGCAGGAGCCUGCAGAUGGAUGUGUGAGGAUCCACAGAGUGGUCUCGUAGGUGCUGCUUGCCUGACACCGUGCAGCCUCUUUCUGGGUCAAGGAUGCUCCUUUCGUUAUUGGCUAGCAAGCCAGGGAAUUCUCACAUUCCAUUUCACAGCACGCACGUUUCAUGGGGCGCCGCCUCACCUCAGUACAGUUGUUGCACUGCAUAGGAUGGAACAGGGGUGUCCAAAGUGCGGCCCCGAGGGCCAUUAGUGGCCUGCAGCACAUUCAAAAGGUAUAAUUGGACAAGAAAACGGAAAAACCAGCAGUCAUUUUCCGGGAAUAAAGUCAACAUAUUGAGCGAAAAAAAGUUGGAAUCAAAAGUCCAAAUUUUACGAGAAUAACAUCCAGGCUUUCCGACAUGUAAUUAACCGUGGUGGUGCGCCACUACAAAAUAAAAGCCGCCACACUUUAAAAAUGUGUAUGAAUGGAUAUACAGUAUAUACUAUCUGGAUGCAAAUAUAUAUAUUAUGCAUGCACAUAUUGACCACAAUUACUUUGAAAACUAUUUAAAAAUGUUUCACUGCGCUUUAUUUUGAUAAGCAUGCACCAGAAUCGCCCGUUUGCCUUGCUGGCACAUGCGCAUGUGUGACCAGAUACGCGACACGUCUUGUGUUGACUUUCACUUUGUUUCUAAUUAUCGGGAGAAGGAGCAAUAAGUAGCCCAUAAAACGUGUAGUCAAUUGAUGACCGCUUGUCACAUGCUAAUCAGCCUACCUACGCCACCGUGUGGGAUCGCUCACGUUUCAAUCUCGUUUUUGUUAAAACGCCCGGCUGGCGGCAACUAGCCCGCUCGAUUUUGUCCCACGGGCGAGGUACGAGCUCCAAUCAUCGUCAGAACUUACUUUUUUAAAGUGUCGCUGAACAAUCUUGCUCUCUUGUUAUCAUUCUAACACUUAAGGUUUGCCUUCAAAACACGAGAUGUGUGUCGAAGUUGUGCAACAGGAACACGUUGCGUGCGCAGCUUUAGACAGUGAUGCUAUCGCAGGGGUCUUCACCAGCCAGUGUUGAGGAGGUCACGUCCGACCGGUAGGAGGCCUCGGUGAAGACCCAGGACACGUUGGAGAGACUACGUCUCUCAACCGGUCUGGGAACGCCUCGAGAUCUGCCGGGAGGACCUGGACGAAGUGGCCGCGGAGAAGAAGAGGGAAGUCUGGGCUUCCCUGCUUCCCUGCUGCCCCCGCGACCCCACCUCGGAUAAGCGGAAGAAGACGGAGGGAUGGAAAAAGUUGUAUUCUCACAAGAAAAAAAGUUGCAGUUUUAUGAGAAUAAUGUUGUAAUAUUAUAAGGAAAAUAAUAUUAUUUUAGUAGCGUAGAGUUGAAAUAUUAAAGAAAACAAUAUAUUAAAAAAAUCACAACAAAAUAAAGUUGUAAUGUUUGGAAAAUUAAGUUGGAAAAAAGUUAUAUCAUGGGAAAACUUUAUGAAGAUUAUUAAAGAAGAGAGUUGAUAUAGUUGAAAAUUAAAAAAUAAAAAUGAAAAAAUGGCAAAAAAAAAAGAAGAGCGAAGUUGAUACAGAUUCUGUGCUUUCUCACCGAUAUCACAAAGCUGAGAUGCUGUUUUUUCUUGAAAUAUAAUACUUGUUAGCAUAUUUGACAAAAUAUCAAAGUUGGAUCCUUUCAUUUUUCACUAUGUGGCCCUCGCUGGACACCCUUGGGCUAAAACACAUGAUGGCUUUCAGGCGAACGUGUUGAUUGAAAUUGUUUUUUGAAUGCAGCCUGUCCGUUGAAUCAUGGAAUUAAAAGUAAAUGUUCACAAGGCCUGAAA